CUGCUGAGUCAUCAAAGAACUUUUGAAGGAAGUGGCUAUCAGAGGUCUUGUGGCGUAUAUCGUGAAUAGAAAUGGAGCCAGGUCUGUUCCCUGUGGAGUGCCUGCUGCAGACUACUCUACUACUCUAUUAGACACGCAGUCAGGAUCCUUACAUACUGAGGGCGGUUGGUAAGGUAAGUCCAGGAUCCAUGUGGUGAGGUGCACUCCAGCUUGUCUUUCAAAUUUAUGUCUACGAUAGGGUUGAAAGCACUAGAAAAAAAACCCAAAACAUAAUUUCGAGCUCUCAAAAUGUAAAAAAAAAUGUUUGAGAAUCUCAGAGAAUUUUUCAAAUAUUUAUCUGAUAGUGCAGCAUCAGAUACACUAAAGGCUAGCCUCUCCACUGUGCGACUUUGUGCAGUCGAUUGGACUUGUAAACGCUCAGGAAGUCCUAAAAGUGAAUACUGUCUCCUUCUUGCAGCCUAUUCCAGCUGCCAAGGUAAGGUAAACCCUGGGCAAGUCACCAUUCUGUUCUAGGGCAACCAUUUUAAGUGUUUAUAAAACAAGACAUAGAAAUAAAAAAGAAACACAAAGGGACACUAACACCAACCCAAAAACUCAUACUGGUUCAGGAGCAGUCUUGCCCAGGUUAUAAGCUUUACUUCUGUUUUCAGUAAAUUCUACUUUUAUCUUUUAUGAUGUGAAUAUUUCUUCCUAGUUAUCUAGACCAGUUGGUGCAGUAACAGUAACAGAAGCUUUUUGUUUUUUCUCACAGGUCUAUUAUGCUGCAUGUGUCAAUUUUCCUUCAGAAUGCAUGUUGAAUUAAUCGUCUGUUUGUUUAUUUAGAAUAUUGUUUUUCACUGUUCCAAAAAAACCUGGAAACAGGCCAUCCAGGAAGAUAUUACUAAAUCAGCAGGUACAACAGGUAGGUUUAGGGUCUGUUUUCUCAAGGUUGUUAACAGACAUUUCACACACUGUUGGUUUUAAGGAGAACAAGAAGGAACAGUUUAAGGGAAGGGUUUACAGAUUUAAGCACAGAAAAGUCAAACUGAGUUGUUUUGGAUAGUGAAGCAUCAAAUAAACAGAAGGCUAGCCUCGUCACAAUUCACUUGUUGAGUUUUGUAUGAUUAGAUGGACAAAAUAAAAUAGGAAAAACUGUAGGUUUGGACUUUUUCAAAUUCCUUCUAGCUCUCAUAUAAACUAUUAUCUGCAGUUUAUUUGUUAUGAUUUUGAGAAUACACUGUUAAAAAAAAUCUGCAGCUCUGCUGAGAAUCCAUGAGUACCAGGUCAUUUGAAAUGCUGCGCUCAAUGUCCAAACUAAGUUACCUUCUUUUCUGUUUAAACUGUUGAAAAAAAUGAACUGUAACAUUAAAUAAAUAUGACUUCUUAACUCACAUACGAAAGGGAUAUGAAUGAGCACACUGACACGCAGCUGUCGCACUCUUGAACCCUAAUGCAAUUACAACCAGUCAACACAGAAUCAACCAAGGCAAAAGUGUUACUACUCAUUUCUUUUUGCAUUCCCACUGCGUAUUCCCUACAGUAACACGGUCAAAACAACAAUUAAAACAACAAUGAAGUUAUGUUAUGAGACAAAUUUCUCAUCUACCACACAUACCAACUUUUUACCAUUUACAAUAAAGACAGCAUGAACUGUGUACUAACAAUUUAGGGGCUGUAAUUUAUUAAUAUAGUUGUAUUAAAUUAACUUAUACAAGGUUCAGUUAUCUUUGCACACAAAAAAGCAGGUCGAAAUGUCAACAAAAGAGCCACUUUUUACUUUCUUACUUUGAGUACAUUUCAUAGAUUGUACAUUUCCACUUUUACUUCAGUAAAGAAGUUGAAUCAGUACUUAGACUUUUAUCAGAGUACAUUUUAACAUAAGUAUUUAUAAGUACAUAAGUAUUUAGACCUCAGAAUGUCUGUACUUUUUCACUUUUAGAACUUAGAAAUACAAACAAACAGGGACACCAGAAGUCAGAAGUAUCUUCCCUACUUAUAUUUUGAUGGUAUGCAUAUUUAUAUACAGUUAUCUAGCUCAGUUAGUGCAGUUCCAGGUUACCCACUGACCCUAAAGACAGAGCUGGCCCAGUUCAUGCCUCCCCCAAAUGACAGAUGCUUUUGGUUGCUGCAUGUGAAGUGAAGUGAAAACCUUUGCACUUGAGGAUGUUAAUACUGUAGUAGAGCCAAAUGUAGAACAUAUAAACAAAAUGUGCGCUUUCUGUGUAAAAACAUACUAGUUUGUAAGUAAAGCUUUAGACAUUACAUUCAUUUGAAAACAUUUAUUUGUUUCCGGGGUUUAACCAAGGAAGGACUGAGAAGCAGUGACACAUCUUUGCUGAUAAGUUUUUGUAUAUUGUCCUCUGCUGGCAACCUUGCAUUACAGUUUUUUUCAGUCGCUAACAAGCGUUUGUCCAAACAGUUGUCACAUUUGCAAAACUCUAAACACAAUUAGCACAGCAUCGGUCUGUUGUGGCCAUACCAUUCACACAUUUCAUGUCGUGUUCACCCAAUAUGCAGUCAGUGAACACAUUUCCACAAUGCUUACAUUUUCUUAACAGACAAGCUAUACCUCCCAACAAAAUUAUGGACUGUUUUUGUAGUAUUUACGAAUGUUAACACACAACAUCCCACAAUAGCAAAAACAAUAUUCCAAACCUUAGAUACAGUAUAAAAACCUCUGCUUCUGCAAUGAUAUCAGUACAAAAACAAUAUCAAUAUCAAAAAUAUAUCUCAGCUGAUAAUAAACAAACAAUUGAAUAAUUGACACACAGCUGAUUUAUGUUGGGUAAAUUGGGCCAACCACAGCUUAUUCCAUUCUGGCUUAGACUCAGUGGGGUUUAUAAGGCAAGACUUUGAGGAGUGAUGUUUUUGGAAACAAAAAAAAGACAAACACUGCAAUGUCUGGUCGAGGAAGAGUAAGAGCAAGGGGCCCAGGGAGAAGAGCAGGCCCAAGGAGAGGGCAAGGUAGAGGUGUAAGAAUGCGUGGUGGUGGCAUUCCAAGGGCUGCAAGAACAGUAGUCAGUGAUGAAAUUCGUGCCACUAUCAUUGACCAUGUAAUCAACCAUGGUCUUUCACUAAGAGAGGCUGGUGAAAGAGUGCAGCCCAAUUUGAGGCGGUCAACGGUUGCCUCCAUUAUACGCAUCUUUCAACAAACCAACAGGUAAGUAUUGCAUUUUACAUGGAUUGUUUCUAUUCUCACUUGACAUGUCAACGUCUUCCACCCUCUGGGGGAAGAGGAAAGCUCCUCAGUAAUGAUCAAGAGCUUGCCAUUGUAGAAAUGGUUGCUGCAAAUAAUGCAAUAAAACUGCGUGAAAUUCAAACUAGAAUUGUGGCGGACCAUGAGAUAUUUGACAAUAUCGAUAGAAUCAGCCUCACAACCAUUACGCGGACAUUGUCCAAACACAGAGUGCGGAUGAAGCAGCUCUACACUGUUCCCUUUGAGAGGAACAGUGAAAGGGUCAAGGAGCUACGACGACAAUAUGUCCAGAGAGUUAUGGAAUUGGAGGCCAACCAGGCCCCUCAUGAAUUCAUAUACAUCGAUGAGGCAGGAUUCAAUCUGGCCAAAAGGCGUCGACGUGGACGAAAUGUAAUUGGAAAAAGGGCCACAGUUGAUGUGCCAGGACAGAGAGGGGCAAACAUUACCAUGUGUGCAGCAAUUGCAAAUGCAGGAUUACUCCUUCACAGAUGUCAGGUUGGACCCUAUAAUACAGAGCGCUUGCUUGCCUUUCUCAAUGAUCUCCACCAGCGCCUGGUUCCAGAGCAGGGUCAGGAGGGUGAAAACAUGAGGACCUUUGUAAUUACCUGGGACAAUGUGGCUUUCCAUCACUCGCAAGCAAUAACAACAUGGUUUAAAGUCCACCCAAGACUGGUAAGUCUCUUCCUUCCACCCUAUUCACCUUUCCUCAACCCCAUAGAGGAGUUCUUUUCUGCAUGGAGGUGGAAGGUUUAUGACCAUCAGCCACAUGACCAGAUGUCCCUCCUUGAAGCAAUGGAUGCUGGCUCCAGGGACAUCACAGUUGACGAUUGCCAAGGGUGGAUCCGACAUACCAGGCGGUUUUAUCCCAGGUGCAUCGACUUGGAUAACAUCAGAUGGGAUGUUGAUGAAAACAUGUGGCCUAACCCUGAAGAUCGCAGAGAUUAGAUGCAAAUUUUUUGCCUUUUUUUAGCCCCCUCCCCCCUUUUUAUCUUGGCUUUUUGCUGUUGUUUUUUUGUUCAGAAUGCUCUUGUGUGUUUCAUGGAUAUUUUGUUCACUGUAAGCAAUACUGUAAAACUUUCUCUGUCCUAUCAUACCGUGUUUCUACUGUACCUCCUGUAGUGAACAGUAAAGAAACAAAAACUUGUUUGCUUUUUACUGGAAUGCUUUUGAAUGUGAACAUUACUGUACAUGUGGACAUACAGUUACCAACCAAGACAUUUCUGGUGUCAAAAUGGUGGAUUGCAUGUUUCGCAUGCAAAUACCUGUAAAACUGAAACAUAAAAGUCUAUGCAGUUUUUGUAAUGUCAAUAAUAGCCAGUAUUUUGAAACCUGGUGUACUUUGAUUGACUGCAUGUACCUUGUGAAGUGAAAACAAGUGUUAUUCUUUGACAGACUAAUUUCAUUUUGAGUCAGAUUUAUAGUGUUUUUGUACAGUUAGUGUGUGCAGAGAAAGAUGUGUUCUAUUUUGAAAUGAAGAGUUAGUAUAUAUUUAACAAAAUGUAUUUUUGAGAAGAAAAUUAUCCAUUUGGCCAAUUGUGUUUUGUAGGUGUGAGUCUGUGUUAAGAGUUUAGAAAAAGUAUCUGAAGUAUGGGUAGGCGCUUGUUAGCGAUUGAAAAAAACUGUAAUAUUGAAGCUGUGUUUAUUCACG